UCUCUCUUUCUCUCUUCUGCAACAGACAAAUCACAAAUCCUUCUCUCUCUCUCUCUCUCAAUUAGACAAAAAAAAAAGGGUUCUUCUGUUCUGACCGGCCUCUCUGUUCAUUCAUUCAAGUUCUCUGAGAAUCUCCGUACACCUUGUUUCUUUGUGAUUUGCAAAAACAGUCAACAAUGGUGGAGCGUGGGAAGAGGAAUCAUAACCGUUUUAGAGACAGUAACAAUGAGAACAGCAGGAAUCAAAAGAGACGUCUUUCUUAUGAAUCCGAAGAGAAGAUGGAUAACAAAGACGAUCUCAUUGUUGUUUACAGAAUCUUAUGUCCUAGUGGAGUCAUUGGUAGUGUUAUAGGCAAAAGUGGCAAAGUUAUCAACUUGAUUAGGCAAGAAACUAGAGCUAGGAUCAAAGUUGUUGAUCCUUUUCCAGGUUGUAGCGAAAGAGUCAUUACCAUUUUUUGCUCUGUUACUGAGAAGAAAGACAUUGUCGACAUUGAGAAUAGCGAAUUGAAUUACACCGUUCCUUUGUGUUCUGCUCAAGAUGCUCUUCUUAAAGUCCAUGAUGCUAUUGUGGCUUCUUUAGCCGCUGCUGCUGAGAACACUAAGAUAGAUAGAGAUGAUAUUAGAGAAUGUCGCGUUUUGGUUCCGUCUAGUCAAUGUUCUAAUGUGAUUGGUAAAGCUGGUUCGAUUAUUAAGAAGAUUAGAAGUAGAACUAGAGCUAACGUUAAGAUUGUCUCUAAAGAUGUUUCUGAUCCUUCACACACUUGUGCAAUGGAUUUUGACAACAUUGUUUUGAUAUCUGGUGAGUCUGAAUCAGUGAAGAAGGCACUUUUCGCUGUUUCUGCAAUCAUGUACAAAGUCAGUCCACGAGAACAGAUUCCUCUUGAUACAACUGUCCAAGAAGUUCCCGCUAGUAUUAUAAUUCCUUCAGAGCUAUCUGUCUAUCCACAAGCCGGUUUAUACCCAAAUCAGGAUCCUAUUUUCCAACAUAGGGCCAACGUUUCAUCAUUUAUGGGUUAUGGAGACAAUGCUACAAAUCCAAUGCCGGUUUUUUCUGCUUCUGCUCUUCCUGUGGUUCAUGGUGGUUUUGGCGGGUCUUCAAGGUCUGAGAAUUUGGUUAUAAAAGUUAUGUGCUCGUCUUCCAAAAUCGGCCGUGUUAUCGGGAAAGGAGGAUCAACCAUCAAGGGGAUAAGACAAGCAAGCGGGUCUCAUAUUGAGGUUAAUGACUCGAGGUCGAAUCAUGAGGAAGACUGUGUUAUUACUGUCACUGCUACAGAGUCUCCUGAUGAUUUGAAGUCUAUGGCGGUUGAAGCUGUUCUUCUACUUCAAGAGAAAAUUAACGAUGAAGACGAGGACAAAGUUAAAAUGCAACUCCUUGUAGCUUCUAAAGUAAUAGGAUGCAUUAUAGGGAAAAGUGGCUCAAUCAUAAGCGAGAUCAGGAAAAGGACAAAGGCUGAUAUUCACAUUUCAAAAGGGAGUAAUAAGCCUAAGUGUGCUGAUCCCAAUGAUGAGCUCGUUGAGAUAUCAGGUGAAGUAAGCUGUGUGAGAGAUGCUCUUAUUCAGUUAGUUCUGAGGCUGCGAGAUGAUGUUUUAAGAGAUAGAGAGAUUGGUUCCAGGAAUCAACCGCCUCUUGCAAGAUCUGAGAAUAAUAAUUUCUUCUCUUCGGGUAGUAGCAAUACUGGUGUAGCAGUUCCUCCAUCUUUCAUGUCUUCUGUUCCGCAAGUUUCUGAUUUUGAUAGGAGACCAGAAACCAGGAGCAGCAUGAGUAUGCUUCCUUCUAGCGGUGGACUCUAUGGUUAUGGAAGUUUUCCGAUGGGCAAUAGUAGUUACGGAUCCAACUCUUACUCAUAUGGAGGAGGAUUGCCUCAACCUACUACUAUGGAGGUUCGAAUUCCUGCAAGUGCGGUGGGUAAAGUUAUGGGAAGAGGAGGAGGCAACUUGGAUAACAUAAGAAGGAUAUCAGGAGCUUUGAUAGAAAUUUCUGAUUCCAAUAAUUCCCAUGGCGGUCGCAUUGCUCUCAUUUCCGGAACACCUGAACAGAAGCGUACCGCAGAGAACUUGUUCCAAGCUUUUAUCAUGUCCACUUGAAUAGUUUGCUCUGCCCCCAAAAAUCCUUUUCCAUGGAAGUGUGUUCCAUCUCUCUAGCUCUCAGUGGAUUUCUUUGGUCUCGGGUUCUCAGGCUUUUCUCCUUCUUCCAUCAAGUUCAUGUUUAAACAUGGUUACAUCUCUCUCCAACUUUUCAGUAUCUUUGUCUCCAUUAGGUAACUUUUGGUUUCUCGUGCUAGACAUCUUACAGUCUGUCAGGAUCAUUCUUUCUCCCUUUCCUAGCGAGCUGUUCGUACAAUAAAUGCUUAUCUCUCUGUGCAAUAAAACAAAAGCGUUCUUAUAUCAAUCAAACUUUGCUUAUUCUCCAUAUAUGAAUCAGGUCUGCUUUGUGCUUUGUCCAAAGCAGUCCUUUCAGUUAUGUGGUAGUUUACCAACUCGUCACAUCCCAUAUCUCAGCUUCGUCAUAUGUGAUGCCAAAUGCUACUCAUCACAUCAUAGUUCUUGGUGCUUCUGAGAAAUUUCUGCAGUGAAAAACAGUAACUUAUUAGCGCCUAGUGAUCUUCAAGAACAGUAGCCUUUAGAUAUCCUCUUGUUAAUGCUCGUAAUGUUUUCUGCUUCUUAGAAGUUUUACCUUUUUAGUGCUCUGAUUAUUUGAUUAUCCGUGGGUUUAUCAGUAAGGUAACUUCUCAUUCUUGCUGAUCAUCCCUAAGACUGUUUUGAUUUUACAUUCUUUAGGUAGAACUCCACCGAUUGAUCUUUGUUAUAUUUACCUCUGUUACCAUUUCUGAUUUAUUCUUUUCCCGGAUAAUCUUGAUCUUGUAGUGCUUGUAGCUAGCAUAGUAGGUUUUCAGUACAGGAUUUUAGAGCAUUAGAUCCUGCAACACUAAAAGCUUUUAUGAAUGUGGUGUGUGUUUUUGAUUUAGUUUAUACGGUGUCUUGUCACUCUGCGCUGGCAUUUUACCAUUCUCACAUUCUAGGUUGUCACUCUAGGAUCUUAGCAUUUUAAAUCUGCAACACCAAAAGAUUUUCUGAUUCUGCUAGCGUGAUCCAAUCGGGUUGACGAUUAUCUGAUACACCUGGAGUUCCACAACAUUUCUAGGUUUUCAAAAACCCGCAACAUUAACAAGCUUUCUGAUUCUGCUAGCGUUUGAGGUCUGAUCAGUUUGACCUGGCAUAUAAUGUGAUAAACCUGAGGUUCCACACCAUACUAGGUUGUUAGAAACCCGCCACAAUUUGGUUGUUAUUUUUGGGGUUUGAUCAUUUUGUCCGAUAAGCCUGACCCUCCAACACAACCUGGGAUUUUUAACCGGGUGUGUAGACAAGUUUAUUCACCCUUUUGUUCGCUCAAUCUAAACAGGUCUUUGGUCUUUACGCAGUUCCUUUAUCGCAAAAACGGGGUUUCCCAAAUAUGUUGUAUAGUUUAGUUCUUUGCAAUUAUGAAUUCUUGUUCAUCAUUUUGAUCAGAGGUGAUUGAGGAUAAGUUUCUUAGAACAAGAUAGAUGUUGAUCCAUUUGGAAGGUUUUUGUAUUCAAUGGUCAUGUACAUACGUUAUGCAAAUAUGCAAUUAUAAAGUGCUCUACCAUUACUAUGAGUUAACCAAGUUCGUUUCUUA